CACUAACCCGACCCAGCUCCAAUCAGAACGAACUUCCCGCUCGAAUUUAAUUUAAUAAGUAAAUAAACAAAUCAUAUUCCAAAUGUUUGUGCCCGAAACGGAAGAUAUGCUGCCCAGACUGGCGCCUAGACCAAGUGCAGCGGUGCCAUUGGGACAUACUAACGAAAUCAUAAGGCCCACUGUGCCGGAGGUGUCCAUAUUGUUUGGACAGCCUCCUCAAGAGCAGCAGAUGCAAAUUCAACAGCAGCCUAUGCAAGAGCCAUCACCCCGUGCUGCACCCACUUUUGCAUCCUGGAAGAAGCAAAUGCUGCCCCGGGUCAACUUCUCACCCAUCUUGGCCACGGAAUUGGGACCACGAUCUGCUCCAAGCAACAACAACAGUCCGCGCUCCCCCAAGGAAUACAUCCUGAUGCCGAGGGACCGUAACUUUACAAACGAUGCUCCAUCAAGUGCGAGUCACAUGUCCGAUAACUCUGGCGGGUAUACUGCAGAACCUAAGCAGCAGGGAUAUCAAGGCAGGCGCUUGUCCAGUUCAUCUAACGCCGACGUUUUGACGAUUUGUGCUGGCACACAAACCGAUCCCUUCAGUCCAUCUUCCCCGCGAAAAUCACUGCCCUCAGUGGUUUACUCGGAUGUUGAUGUCAGCAACCUGGCUUCUAAGGCUGACCUGGCUUCCCUGGUUUCCCUUCUGGAGACUAUGCGUCAGGAACAAGAGCAGCUAAGGAGUCUCUGCGAAAUGCUUUUGCAGCAACAGCAGCGGGCGAAGACCGAAGCCACCUCGAAACCCAGCAAGUCGACUGCCAGCCAGUGUGACAUUUUGGCUGCCAAUAAUGUAGGCAGACGAAUAUCUCCUGUUAUACAGGAAUACAUUGCAGAGGAGGAAGAACCCAUGCCUUCGCCUCAAGCUCGAGUUAUCCCACAGUAUCAGUCACCACGACCCACUCCGCCCAUGGCUCAAUCAACGGGCUACCGCCCAAAUACACCACAAAUCAAACGGAUUCCUCAACUGGCUAAGCCAAACACCGAGAAGAGCCUGGUGAUGAACGAACUUGCCCUAAAGUAUUUGCGCCAGCCUGUAGACGAGUUAAUGAAGGAGAUGCGUCUUGGCACGUCUCCUAAAUCCCCAAAUCCUGAACCGCUCCGGCAGAUUGAGAAUCUCGCACAUUCCCAAAGUCCAAACGACAUUUCAAACGCUUCCUACAAAUACCUCAAGAAAUAUCGCCUGCUGCCCGAGGAGCAUAUGGAACAAGUGUGUCCCCAAACUCUAAAGGCGGCGUCACCACAAAUGCAACUCGACUUGGAGAACAUAAGGAACCAGCCGAAACUGUUGUGAAAGCAAAGCCCGAAUUUUGUA